CCAAAAUGAUCAAGUUUUAAAAGUCCUUCACUUUCGCUUCUUUAUCGCGAGAGCCGAGAGAUCGGUGGUUCCUCGGAACGGAAGCCCGACCGAUUCCUUCCCUCUGCGUCUCUCGUUUCUCGCGUGCACGGAGAGAAAUCCGAGAAAGAAACGAACAAUCUUUCAAAGUCAAAACACAGAAUCAUUCCGGGUAUCAAACUCGCAUCUCGGAGCGUCCCAGGUUGUCGUUAAAUACCCCAAGUCUCUCCACGUCUCCGCUUCGCCAUCGCCAGUUGGAUUGAGUUGAAACCUGCCCGCCAUCAGGGAACAUGGGACAACGCUUCCUCUGCGCCAAAGUUUCGAUUUUUCUCGCUUUACUGUGUUUCGCAAGCUUGAGCUUCACCUGGGGACAUAUCGAUGGUAUCGGAGAACAGCCGCUCGCCAAGAUUGCGAUCCAUAAAGCCACACGAGCCCUCCACGAGUCGGCUUCUGUCACGGCGUAUCCCGUCGUUCUUGGCGUAAAGGGUGAGGAUACGGAGUGGGUGACUGUGGAUCUCCAAUACCCCAAUCCGUCCGUGGAUGACUGGGUUGGCGUUUUCUCUCCUGCAAAAUUCGACGGAUCAACAUGUCCUCCAGUUAACGACCCAAAAGAGCAGUCUCCGUACAUAUGCUCGGCACCAAUCAAGUACAAAUAUGCGAACCAUUCUAAUCCAGGGUAUACAAAGACAGGCAAGGCUUCUUUGAAGUUCCAGUUGAUCAAUCAGCGAGCAGAUUUCUCAUUUGCACUAUUUUCUGGAGGAGUGUCAAAUCCAAAGCUGGUGGCAGUUUCGAACUCUAUAGUAUUUGCCAAUCCUAAAGCACCUCUUUAUCCACGCCUUGCUCAAGGGAAGUCCUGGGAUGAGAUGACAGUGACAUGGACUAGUGGUUAUGAUAUAAAGGAAGCCAUCCCUUUUGUCGAGUGGGCCUUAAAAGGAGAAAAUCAAGUGCGAUCUCCAGCAGGAACCCUGACUAUUGAUAGGAACAGCAUGUGUGGUUCACCUGCACGGACAGUAGGAUGGCGCGAUGCAGGUUUUAUUCACACAAGUUUUUUGAAGGAUUUGUGGCCAAACUCUGUGUAUACCUACAAGAUGGGUCAUCUGUUGUCAAAUGGUACCUAUAUCUGGAGCAAGAGCUAUUCAUUUAAAUCAUCUCCAUAUCCUGGACAAGAUUCGUUGCAACGUGUUAUAAUAUUCGGUGACAUGGGAAAGGCUGAGAGAGAUGGUUCGAAUGAAUACAGUGACUACCAGCCUGGUUCACUUAAUACCACAGACCAACUAAUCAAAGAUUUGAAGAACAUAGACAUAGUUUUCCACAUCGGAGACAUUUGUUAUGCAAACGGGUACAUCUCACAGUGGGAUCAAUUCACAGCACAGGUGGAGCCUAUUGCAUCAACCGUCCCAUAUAUGAUUGGAAGUGGUAAUCAUGAACGUGAUUGGCCAGACUCGGGAUCCUUCUACGACACUACCGAUUCAGGUGGGGAAUGCGGCGUGCUUGCUGAGACCAUGUUCUAUGUUCCUGCUGAGAACAGAGCUAAGUUCUGGUACUCAACAGACUAUGGCAUGUUUCACUUUUGUAUAGCCGAUAGUGAGCACGACUGGAGAGAGGGAUCCGAACAGUACAGGUUCAUUGAGAACUGUCUUGCAUCUGUGGACAGGCGAAAGCAGCCCUGGUUGAUUUUUGUGGCCCAUCGGGUCCUUGGUUAUUCCUCCGACAGUUGGUAUGGCAUGGAGGGCUCUUUUGAGGAACCCAUGGGAAGGCAAAGUCUACAGAGGCUGUGGCAGAAAUACAGAGUGGACAUUGCCUUCUACGGCCAUGUACAUAACUAUGAAAGAACUUGCCCUAUCUAUCAGAACCAGUGUGUUAAUUCAGGAAAGAAUCAUUUUUCGGGCACCGUCAAUGGAACUAUCCAUAUAGUCGCUGGUGGGGGAGGAAGCCAUUUGUCGACGUUCAGCCAACUCACACCUAGCUGGAGCCUGUACCGAGAUUUUGACUUUGGAUUUGUGAAGCUGACAGCCUUCAAUCACUCGUCUCUUCUCUUUGAGUACAAGAAAAGCCGCGAUGGCCGGGUAUACGAUUCCUUCACGAUAUUGAGAGAGUACAGAGAUGUAUUAGCCUGUGUACAUGACAGUUGUGGCGCAACCACCUUGGCUUCCUGAUUAUAACAACUUGCGGUUUUCUUCAGAUGACUCUGCUAGCAAUGUUUUAUCUUAUUCAAUUGUCAUUAGAGUACAUAAAUAAUCUCUAUGUAAAAAAGGUGCCACGUCUACUGGUCAGUUUUAGGAACUGUACUUUUGCUGCUUUCUCAGCCAGGACACUCUCUUCCCUCGUCUUUUUCUUAAGCAAAUUCCUUUCUAGCAAUUUAACCAUUAAAUUUGAUA